UUUCAGCCAUAAUGUGAGCCUCAUGUCCGGCACUAUUCUGCGUUCAUCGCAGGCCUCGCAGACUCUCGCAAUGCUUAGAUUUCUUCCGUUUCAUUGGAGUCCUGUUAAACACUUCAUCUCAAUUUCUGCGAGGUUACUGGCAUCGCAGUCAGGCUCUGUAACAACAAAGAGCAUCACAAUUAUAUUCGCCGUUGUAUUUACAGCUGUUGGCAUACGAGUAGCCACCCUUACCUUCCUGACCGGCGUAGUCAUCUGGUACUUGCAUCGCCGUUACCAGAUUCGACAAAUAGCCUUAAGGCCAAGCACAGAGCAUCCCAGUGCCAUAUUUUCUCCGUGGACACUUCAAUUCUUGUUCGCAGCAUGGCCACGACGUGACCGACAGAUAUCUAAUCCUCCGAGGCAAAUCCCAUCCGCGGCAGUACCAGAAAACAACGCAAGCGCAAUGGAUCACGAGGCUCUCCCCGUUGGGAACAGCGAGCAUCAGGAGGGAUUAGACAGCGUCCCGAUCAGGUCAUCCAUUGUCUGUCUCGGAGUGCAAUUCCGUUCCACCAAAUAGGCGCCUCAUCCUUUACUUCAGAAGUCUAUAUACCUUUAUGGGUGGUUGUGUACGGGCCAUUCAUGUAUAAGCUCGGCAAUUUCUAAGCACAGGCUGAUCACCGUAAUAUUCAAAAUCUCCGCGAUCUUAGAUCUCAGACUUCCAUAUUGCGAAAAGCCGGUGGGAGCUCGACAUACCGCAGCUCGGAGUGACAGCUCUUUAUGCAUCUAGAGGCUGAAUCAUCGCGCAGCACCUAUGCACAUGGAAGACAAUAGUUAUGUUUAAAGAGAAAAUAGUCCCGUAAUUCGCUGCCCUUCAAUGAUACUUUUGCGAGUCAUUUUAUACCAUCAUCAAGAGCCUACAAUAGCUUCCAUGAUUAGGACGCCCUCAACAUAUUCAUCUGCCCUACUUCGCAUCGGAAUAGUAUUCGUACCUUGAUCCGCC